AUGUUUGUGGAACCCGGUGUCUGGUCUUAUCUACCCCACGAAGUGCCGACCAGUACGAGAACAACGGCCUCGAUCUCGGCUUAUUUACAUUUUUACGACAACACCACGCGCAUAUUUCCCCAGUCUGUGAGGCAGUGUGUGUUUGAGGUGAGAGAUGAACUGCAAAGUUUGUACUACAAAUCUCUGAAAUAUCAUCCCUACAUGUUCGAAAACUGUCAGUCGGAGUGCCAACAGGAAUAUCUGGCCAAGUUGUGCAACUGUACCAUGGAUAUCCUUUAUCCGAUCGACGAAAAUUAUCGACCCUGCAGGUUAUUGGAUUUGCCAUGUUUAUAUAAGCACAAUGAUAUUCUACUAAAUAUGGAAUCCUUUGGCGAACAGCAAUAUGUGACCUUCAACAAGGAGGGCAUCAAUUGUCCCUGCUACUUCAAUUGUAAAUCCCUGAAUUACUUUCCCGAUGUCCAUUCGGAUAAUUUGCCCGAUGUGCCGGCGGAUCAGAAUGAAACGGAAUUGCUAUUGGAGGUGUAUUUUCUCUCCAAUACCUUCAAGGUCUAUCGAACAACUGCCGUUUACACAUUUGUGGACUUAAUGGCCUCUUUUGGUGGCCUGGCUGGCCUCUGUAUCGGCUGUUCCUUGGUGGGCAUAACGGAGAUUUUAUUCUUUUUUAUGUGUGACAUACCCAAGCGGACGGUUAGCUGUUCGCAGCUGUCACGCAGAGUAAACAACAAACGGAGAAAUAGAAAUUUCCACGGUGUUUAUGAUGGGAAUGGUAAUUGUGGUAGUGGCCGUAGUGGUGGUGGUGGUGGUGGCUAUGCUGGCGCUAACACCAGCGAUAAAAAUAAAUAA